AUGGUGAAAGAAUUAGAGUUGAUUAAGAAGUUCCGAGAUAUGAAUUUGGCAGUGGAGGUGCGACCUCAGAGUUUGUAUCUUGGGACUUUGAUAAUCAAUACUGAUUUCUUGCCAUUAGAAAUUCCUGAGUGGAAAUUGGAUAGUAUUUCUAUGGAUUUUGUGUCUGAUUUGCCAAGAACCAAGAGUAAUCAUGAUACAAUUUGGGUGAUAGUAGAUAGAUUGACUAAAACAGCUCAUUUUCUUUCCAUUAAUAUGAAGUACAAGUUGGAAAAGCUAGCAGAUAUGUAUGUGAGAGAGAUAGUCAGAUUGCAUGGAGUGCCAACUAGUGUUGUGUCAGAUAGAGAUCCAAGUUAUCAAGCAAGCAUUGGAAUGGCUCCAUUUGAGGCUCUGUAUGGAAAGAAGUGUAGAACACCUUUGUAUUGUUAUGAAACUAGAGAGGCGAUCUUAUAUGCACCAGAUAUGGUUCAGAAGCAACAUGAGCAAAUCAAAUUGAUUAGAGAAAAGAUGAAAAUAGCACAAGAUAGGCAAAGGAGUUACUAUGAUAAGAGGAGAAAAUCUUUGGAGUUUCAGGUGAGUGAGCAUGUGUUUUUGAAAGUUUCACCUGUGACUGGAGUUGGAAGAGCUCUAAAGUCCAAGAAGUUAUCUCCUAAGUUUAUUGGGCCAUUUGAAGUGCUAAGCAAAGUUGGCCCUGUUGCUUAUGAGAUUGCUUUGCCUCUAAAUCUCUCAAACUUGCAUCCUGUAUUCCAUGUAUCGCAGCUUAGAAAGUAUAUUCCUGACCCUACUCAUGUAAUAGAACUUGAUCUUGUUCAAGUGAGAGAGAAUUUGUCAAAUGAUGUACAACCGGUGAAAAUUGUUGAUCGUCGUGUUAAGAAAUUAAAGGGUAAGGAUAUUUCACUAGUUAAAGUAAUAUGGAAUACUAGUGAUGAGGGAGAUGCCACGUGGGAAACUAAGAAUAAGAUGAGAGAAUUAUAUCUUGACCUUUUUCUAAGAAAGUAUGUUCCUGAUUCGUCUCAUAUAAUCGAGCCUGAUGUUGUGGAGUUAAGAGAUGAUUUGUCUGUGGAGGUUCCAGCUGCUCGUAUUGAGGAAACUAGAGUUAAGGAACUUAGAGGCAAGUCUAUUCGAUUAAUAAAGGUUGUUUGGGACCCAGUAACUGGUGAUGCCACAUGGGAAUAUCGGAAUGGAUCGCUCUUAGACCGACUCGGUUCCUUCUGGAUUACUUAG